GACGCUUCAUCCGGUGUUUGUUUACGCGCGGUCUCCGGUGUGUACGAGAUGGAAACAUGGCAAUGAAAAUGAACCCAAACGAUGUCCAGAUGCCACAAAAAGAAGAGGGGGAGAAAGAAGAAGACCGGUCGAUGUCUAGAUCUGACAGAUCAGUGCAGGUGAAGAGGAAAAGUAGUGGCAGUGGAGAUGAUUCUCUGGGCAGUCUUCCGAAACACCCCCGCUGCCCUCUGACCCCCUCACUGUCUCCACGGAAACGGACCACCAGCCAGAGCAAGACUGAGCCACCUCUCUUGAGGACCAACAAGAGGACAAUCUACACUGCAGGAAGGCCCCCCUGGUACAAUGUCACUGGGACCACCUUCAAAGAGGCUUUCGUUAUUGGCCUCUGUGGAGGAAGUGCUUCUGGGAAAACCACGGUGGCCAAUAAGAUCAUCGAGGCUCUAGAUGUUCCCUGGGUGGUCCUCCUCUCCAUGGACUCUUUCUAUAAGGUUUUGACCAAAGAUGAGCAGGAGCUGGCAGCUAAGAAUGAGUAUAACUUUGAUCACCCAGAGGCCUUUGACUUUGAGUUGCUGGUGACUGUUCUGAGGAAGCUGAAGAAGGGCAAGAGCAUCAAAGUACCCGUCUACGACUUCACUUCUCACUGCCGCCGCAAGGAGUGGAAAACUGUCUACGGUGCCAAUGUUGUCAUAUUUGAGGGGAUUCUGGCGUUUGCCAACAAGGAGCUUUUGAAGCUGCUGGACAUGAAGGUGUUUGUGGACACCGACUCAGACAUCCGUCUGGUCAGGCGUCUGAAGAGGGACAUAUCGGACCGCGGCCGGGACAUCAACGGGGUCAUCAAGCAGUACAACAAGUUCGUCAAGCCGUCCUUUGAGCAGUACAUCGAACCCACUGUGCAGGUGGCGGAUAUUGUGGUCCCCAGGGGGGGCGAGAACUUUGUUGCCUUGGAUCUGAUUGUGCAGCAUGUUCACAGUCAGCUUGAAAAGCGUGAAAUCACAGUGAGGUCUGCUCUGGCCUCGGCCCACCAGGGACAGCCCCUACCCAAGACCCUCAGCGUCUUGGAGAGCACCCCACAGGUCCGCGGCAUGCACACCAUCAUCAGGAAUAAGGACACUAAUCGUGAUGAGUUUAUCUUCUACUCUAAGAGGUUAAUGAGGCUCCUGAUAGAACAUGCCCUCUCCUUCCUGCCCCUCAAGCCUGUGCAAGUGGAGACUCCCCAAGGUUCCAUCUAUGAAGGGAAGAGACUCAGUGGUAAAAGGAUCACAGGCGUGUCCAUACUGAGAGCAGGGGAGACCAUGGAGCAGGCGCUGAUGCAUGUGUGUAAAGACAUUCGGCUGGGGAAGAUCCUCAUCCAGACCAACCAUGACACUGGAGAGCCUGAGCUCCACUACCUGCGUCUGCCUAAGGACAUCAGUGAGGACUAUGUUAUCCUGAUGGACAGCACUGUGUCCACUGGGGCUGCUGCUCUCAUGGCCGUCCGAGUGCUGCUGGACCAUGAUGUCCAGGAGGAUAAAAUCUUCCUGUUGUCUCUACUGAUGGCUGAGAUGGGCGUCCACUCUGUGGCCUACGCCUUCCCUAAGGUCCGCAUUAUCACCACGGCCGUCGAUAAGAAGGUCAACAACGAGUUCCACAUCAUCCCUGGCAUUGGUAAUUUUGGGGACCGUUACUUUGGGACGGACACUCCCUCGGACUGGACCGAGAGUGAUUAACGGAUGGACUACUGAGCUGAAGUUUUGCUGAGGAGGGGGGAGGGGGGCAUCACACAAGCACUUAGCCAUGCCAGCCAACCACUGACCAGCUCCUAAGAGCUAAAGAUUCCCCCUCAGUCAGCGCCCCUCUGCUGCUUAUCAUCAUUACAUGAUGUCCUGGGCACUGCCCCUGUGCCAACUCUACCCUCUCUGAUCAGGGUGAAAGGUCAUAAGGCUACCUAAUCUCCUGAGGGGGAAACGUGAUAUUAGCCUAGCUUUGCUAGCGAUGCCCAUUAGCCCAUACAUAUCUAUCUAUCCACUGAUAAAAAUACUUGAUUUGAGGUUUUGCUUGUUUGAUUUUUGUUGACGCAGCAGGUUGGAGAAAGAAUCAAGAGAAAUAAAAAGCCUCUGUUGGGUUGAAGGAUGA